CCCCCCCAGUAGGACUGAAGGAAUAAUUGAGAGCUCUAAACACAAAAAGAGAACAAAAGUACUCAACUCCAACCUUCCUCUCUUCUUUCUCCUCUCCUCUUCUCUGGGAUUUUUUACUGCUAACCAAAAUAUGAAAGACCUUAAUGGCUUUCCAAUCAUAAUUUAAUCAAGUUACUGUAACUCUGCUCAAUUCUUCUCUGCUAGUAUUUUUGUUUGAUCUAAAUUAUUCCUAAAUAAAUGGAGUCCGAGCUCAAAACCCUUAACCCGAAUCCAGCUCAAAUUCAACCUACCCAGCGGUCCCCACCCGUCGAUGAUAACUUAACAAAAGAUGACCGCCCGCUUCUCAAACCCGAACCUGUGCCCCCCGGCCCGACCCAGAACCCCGCCACCACGACCGCCCCUGGCAUUGAAGAGCUGGAGAAGAAGUAUGCCGCCUACGUCAGGCGCGAUGUUUAUGGGGUAAUGGGUCGGGGCGAUUUGCCCUGGGUGGAGAAGCUGCUCCUGGGUUUGGCCCUGGUGACGCUGGUGCCUUUGAGGGUGGUGUCUGGGUUGACGGUGCUGGUGCUUUAUUACUUCAUUUGUAGGAUUUGUACAGCGUUUUUGGCUCCGAAUCGGGAGGAUGAGCAGGAGGAUUAUGCUCACAUGGGUGGGUGGAGGAGGGCUGUGAUCGUCCAAACCGGGAGAUUUUGUUCUCGGGCUCUGCUUUUUAUUUUCGGGUUUUAUUGGAUUAGCGAAACUCAUCGGGACAUCGUGGAUGUUAGUUUCAAUGGGAAGUUUGGUACCCAGGUUGCUGAAGUGUGGACUAUUUUGGAUGAGAAAUGUGAUAAAGUUUGGAGCUUGAUGUCAUGCAUUAAUCUCUUUGACUGGAAACAGUUAGGAUAUUCAGGAACUCACAAGCUGUCAACUUUGGCUGAGUCCAAAGAUCAAUCACAAGAUUCUGCAAGACCUGGAGUGAUUGUUUCAAAUCAUGUGUCUUAUUUGGAUAUCUUGUACCACAUGUCAUCUUCUUUUCCCAGCUUUGUUGCCAAGAGAUCAGUGGCUAAACUUCCUCUAAUUGGUCUCAUCAGCAAAUGCCUUGGUUGUGUCUAUGUCCAACGGGAGUCGAAAUCAUCCGACUUCAAAGGUGUCUCAGGUAUUGUUAAUGACAGAAUUAAGGAAGCUCAUCAGGAUAAGAAUGCCCCUAUGAUGAUGCUCUUCCCAGAAGGCACAACAACUAACGGAGACUUCCUCCUUCCAUUUAAAACUGGUGCCUUUUUGGCAAAAGCUCCUGUGCUCCCGGUUAUUUUAAGGUAUCCAUACCAGAGAUUCAGUCCUGCCUGGGACUCCAUUUCAGGAGUGAGACAUGUAUUUUUCCUUCUCUGCCAAUUUGUAAAUUACAUGGAGGUGACAAAGCUACCUGUGUAUCACCCGUCACAGCAAGAGAAGGAUGAUCCAAGGCUUUAUGCAGAAAACGUCAGGAGGUUAAUGGCUCAUGAGGGUGGUUUAGUGCUCUCAGAUAUUGGCUUGGCUGAGAAACGAGUAUAUCAUGCUGCUCUCAAUGGUGUAUUUUGUCAACAGUAAUUCAGGUUCGCGGUCUGUAUAUUCACAUGUAUGUUUCUGUUAAUGAAAUUUGAAAAUUAUGUGCAGAUAACAUAUUCCCUGGAAGAAGGCAUUAGAUAACAUAUUUCCUGGAAGAGGCAUUCUUACUGUCAAUAUCAUCUAAGUGUAUACGUGCUCAUAUAUGUAGAAGCUUUGGGGAAUCCUGAAAGCUGGCUAAUUUUUGACAGCAUUGUUAGGCGUUUUGCUUAAAAAGAUCCAGAAAAGCUGGUUUAUCCGAUCAAAGAUAGUAUGUUAGGCACAGCGCUUAUUACUCCUCCAGUGUAACAAUUGUUAUAUUCAUUUCUAGGAGAGGUUUAGUUUAGUAUUC